AUGAUGAUCAACAAUUUCAAUCGAGCCAAGAAGCUCAAUAUCAUGAUAAACAAAGCAUAUAUGAAGACCAAACAGGACUAUUUACAAGACCAGAAGCCACAACAACAACAGCAUUCAGAACAACAAUACAACCAGCAAAUGCCGCAGCACGAUGAAACACAACAGAUUCAACAAGAACAAAAAAACCAGCAGCAACACUAUGAACAACAACAAAAAAGUAAUUUACAGCAACAGCAAGCACAACAGCAACAAUUACAGUUACAGCAGCAAAACCUUCAACAAAAACAGCAACAGUCGGCACAACAGUUGCAAGCGACGGUAAUGACUGGCGCUGCUACAUUAGGCUCCUUAAUGGCGGGUGGCGCAAAGAAAUUAGGAAGCUUCUUUGGCGCUGCAGCAGCCGCAGUUUCUGCCCCGGCAGCACCACAAUCUCUACAUACGAAUCAAUCAUCAACUGUUCCCACAAAUCAGUUUUCUACAGGUGUAGUUCCUGUAACGCCAUUUUCAUCCAAACUUCCAGUGACAGCCUCCGUCCCAGAAACAACUCCGUCAGCGCCAACAUCAACGGCGACGACAACGGCUCCAACUUUACCCCGCACUCCUUCUCUUAGGAGACAGGAGUCUAUACAGAGACCACCAGUGCGUCGAACGCGGACGUUACCGGACGCACCAGAUGACUUACUCCACUCAAGUUUUGACGAAAGUGCCUACGAAGACGAGUAUCAUAAGACUGAAUACGAUCAAUCGAUAGAUCGCGAUAAGAUUUCUUUGGAUAGAUAUCGAGAUGAUGAAUACAUGCAUGAUACAAUCCAUGAAGAAGAUGUCGAUGAUAGGCAUAUGUCGGAAAUUCCAAGCAGUCCUAGGAGUCCUUUGCACAAGGUCGCAUCUCCAACAAGAGCGAUCUCGCAAAUGCGUAAACCUUCUGUGGACAGUUACCACAGCCAAACGCCUUCUGUUAUUGACCGUAGAACAUCGCAAAGUUCAUUUCAACACGAGGAUAAACUAUCCGUGCCGGGUAAACAAGAAGAACAACCUACUGAAAAAUCAAAAGUAACAUUUCAAGAUGAGCGCACAACGUACCAUGAGGUAGCCGAGGACACAAGUUCGUUCAGGGGUAGACAGGAAUCGUUCGAUGACCAAGGUGAUGAUUAUCAAGACGAAGACGCAUACCACGAAGAUGAGUUUCAAGAUGAGCAUGAGAAGUUCGAUGACCAAGAUCAAUUUAGACGAGACGGACAGUAUAAUGAGGAAGAUGGUGUAUUUCAAGAGCCGGAGCGACGGGACGAAAAAGCAGAGCAGCCGAAGUUCACAGCGAGACAGAGGUGGCACCGAGCAUACAACAAAAUCGUGAUGCAGCUAAACGUGAGUCAUUUUAGUAUUUUGACGAUGAAUUCAGAAUAUCAUUUGUUUUUGGUAUUUCCACAAUUCUGA